AUGGCGCAAGAGGAAGAUGACCCGCAGGAUUCCAGAGACAUGGUUUUGCACACGCCCGGCUGGGGCAAUGAAGCUUGGCCUCCAGCUUGGCUGCCCGCGCCGAUACGGCCUAUGCGCGGCAGUGUUGGGAGAUUUUCGGCUGCAGCUGUCAGCUCCAGGGAAGAGUGCAACAAUGCCCAGGACUUUUUUGGAGAUUUACCGGUGUCAGACCGUGUGGGCCACGACAAGACGGGUGUCGGUUACAAGGAUCCGUCUCUUGCAACAAACCGGUCACUUGCGUUGCCGUCAUCUUCGAGCACUUUGCCCGUAGACUUGCAAAGCACGAAUACGAUAUCGUUGUUGGUCGCAAAUGUCGGCUUCAUCGAUCGCAGCCGGCGCUUUUCUGAUUUCAUAGCAGGCAAUUUUUCGGUCGUCCUUCUUCAAGAAGCUCACUCCUGUGGCAUCUCGCACCGAAUUGCAAAAGCACGGGACAUGUGCAUCUUAGAGGGUCUAGGCCGGGUUGGAUCAUGCAUGGCUGUCCUAGCUGGACAGACAGGGACAAAGUAUCUCAGCCGUAUAUAUCCGACCUGGGAUGGAUUGAUGGAGCGACCCUACAAGGAUUCGGCCAAACAAGGUGAUCGCAUCCAUUCAUUAGUUUGCCUGUCUGCGGAGGUGCAAUGGGUCAAUGAAGCGAACGGUGGAGUUAUAUCUCGAGCCGGCCUCAGUUCCUUCCGGGUUACCACAGUGCACGUCCACAACGACGAGAAGCGUUCCGUCGAGUCGUGCAAGCUUGCAUUAAAGACACUAUUUUGGUUGGCGCUCCGAGACAAACAUCGUGUCGUUGCAGGCGACUUCAACUUAGAACCCCAGGCUAUUCGUGAUGCAGUGGAUUGUGUUAUCGAGCAGUUCGAGGGAGCGAGUUACGAGGUUCUACAUGGUGAUCGCAGCGCGGAGAUCUGUUGCGUGCUGCUGAAUUUCGCCAAGUUGCCUCAGCUGCGAGGCGCAGUGAAAGGCGCGGUGGCGGAGCGCUGGACAAGUGAGGAGUUGAGACUUUCAGACAACGAUGCUGAUUCACACUAUCCCCUCAUUCUUGAACUUUCCCCUCUGGAGCUGCGUGAGGGUGACUUGCGUAAGCGAUCCGCGGAAGCGGCUGCCAAGCGAGCGCAGAAGAAGUCGAAACGUCGGGGCACUCACACCGUAAAAGAUCCGGAUGAGGCAAUGUGGCUUUGUGACUUCUGGCAGAUCUUGACUUGCCAAGGGUUUGAUCCUCAGAGGCAACUUUCCAUCGCCCCUUACCUCUCCAUCAUCGCAGCGAAUGUGGCGCAGCAGGAGCUGAAGCUGCCCUGCCUGGCUCACGUCUUGGGGGAGCCUGAGACAUUUCUGCCUCUUGGCUCCAUACGACCAGCAGGUCACAUCUCCAAUCUGCUCAGCGCUGCCUGGCUGGCCCCGGGUCUGGAACAUUUGGUGUGCCUGCAGGACUUCACCUUGCGCCUCAGCGGCUGCUGCACCCUGCGCCGCUUCGGCUGCGCCGCGUCGCUGCCGCGCACCCUGCGACGCUUGGAGCUGGGCCUGGACAGCUGCGAACGGCUGCACGAUGCCACGGAGCUGCUGCGGGGAAUCGGUGAUUUAAUGCAGCUGACCUCCCUUCGCCUUUCCAUGUCGGGAUGCAAAGGUUUGCUGCUGGAUUCUGACUUGGUUCUGCUGGGCAAAAGCCUACGGCAACUUCAAGAGCUGCAGUGCCAUGGUGAUCCAUGGCAUUUGUCCUUGAACUUCUCCGGAACCAAGCGGCUCUUUUACCUCAUCGAGCUGGGUCGAAGUAUUCGUUACCUACGUCAGCUGCAUGAGCUCUUGAGCCGCAACGACACGAGGGAGCGAGGGGGCGACUUGGGAGGGGUGGACGUCCCCGGCAGCUUCUCCUUGAAGUUGGACAAGUCGGGUGUGCGCAUCAACCGGGAGAAGGUGGUGGGCUAUGACAGCGCGGGUGCAUUUGUAAAGGCCCUGGGUAUCAGGGCGCUCUCAGAUCCGGAGGAUGCUGAGGGACCUCCCGUGGAAACAGAACGUGGCAAUGAAGCUUGGCCUCCAGCUUGGCUGCCCGCGCCUGCCCGCGCCGAUACGGCCCAUGCGCGGCAGUGUUGGGAGAUUUUCGGCUGCAGCUGUCAGCUCCAGGGAUGGGUGCAACAGUGUCAGACCGUGUGGGCCACGAUAAGACGGGUGUCGGUUACAAAGGAUCCAUCUCUUACAACAAACCGGUCACUUGCGUUGCCGUCAUCUUCGAGCACUUUGCCCGUAGACUUGCAAAGCACGAAUACGAUAUCGUUGUUGGUCGCAAAUGUCGACUUCAUCGAUCGCAGCCGGCGCUUUUCUGAUUUCAUAGCAGGCAAUUUUUCGGUCGUCCUUCUUCAAGAAGCUCACUCCUGUGGCAUCUUGCACCGAAUUGCAAAAGCACGGGACAUGUGCAUCUUAGAGGGUCUAGGUCGGGUCACACACACCGUAAAAGAUCCGGAUGAGGUGUGCCAUUGGGCCGAGGCAAUGUGGCUUUGUGAAUUCUGGCAGAUCUUGACUUGCCAAGGGCCUGAUCCUCAGAGGUUUCUGGAGCAGAACUCUGAACUGCUGGCUGAGGCUGAAGUGAAAGCUGAGGUCAAAGCCAUUGGCUCAGGCCCGAAGAUUUCAGACCUGUCUGACGUGAUGGGUCGCCCAGUGAUGAUAGCGCGUGCCAAGCAUUUUGAUUCGCAGACAUCGGCUGAGACCUUCCGCUGCUUUUACCGUGGAAUGGUGGAUAGCAUCAUCGCCCACUUUCUGCUGAAACGCCGACCGGAGCUGGAUGACCGGAAUCCCUUGGAGCAAUAUGCGGCUUGGGUUGGCACUGCAGCACGGAAAGGGUUAGCAGAAAUCCCGCACCAGGUGGUCGUGUUGGACGUAAGGGGCGCCGUCCGGCAGAACUUUUCCAUGACGGCGAUUAAACUGAUGAUCCAAGAAAGCAAUACCUACUACCCUGACCGUGUGGCCCAAAUCUUUGUUUUAGGCGCGGAAGAAAUGACAACAGUGGACUUUUUUGGAGAUUUACCGGUGUCAGACCGUGUGGGCCACGACAAGACGGGUGUCGGUUACAAGGAUCCGUCUCUUACAACAAACCGGUCACUUGCGUUGCCGUCACCUUCGAACACUUUGCCCGUAGACUUGCAAAGCACGAAUACGAUAUCGUUGUUGGUCGCAAAUGUCGGCUUCAUCAAUCGCAGCCGGCGCUCUCCGACCUGGGAUGGAUUGAUGGAGCGACCCUACAAGGAUUCGGCCAGACAAGGUGAUCGCAUCCAUUCAUUAGUUUGCCUGUCUGCGGAGGUGCAAUGGGUCAAUGAAGCGAACGGUGGAGUUAUAUCUCGAGCCGGCCUCACUUCCUUCCGGGUUACCACAGUGCACGUCCACAACGACGAGAAGCGUUCUACAUGGUGCUCGCAGCGCGGAGAUCUGUUGCGUGCUGCUGAAUUUCGCAAAGAGGAUUCCACCGGCUGGUGGCACGUCCGCAGCUGCGAUGCCGAAGCCAGGCCGGUGAGCCCCUUGAGAUUCGAAGAAAAGACCUUGAUCUUCGAGUUCCAGGUGGACGUGAAGGAGGUGAUCCUGACCUCACGCCGCGGCCCGGCGUUGACUGAUGGCGACGAAGAAGAUCGGGGUUGA